AUGACACCAUAUCAACGUACCCUAGAAAGAGGAUGCUGCGGCUCCAUGAAGAAGAGGACCAUCGUGGGUGGAUACGCGUUCACCUGGUGGUUCGUCACCGACGUACAACGGUUAUCUCUGGAGGUGAUGACUCUGAACCCGGUAUGCGAGAGUGUGGAAACGGCACAGGGAGUACCGUUAACGGUUACUGGAGUGGCACAGUGCAAAAUCAUGAAAGCCGACGAAUUGUUGCACACUGCCAGUGAACAGUUUCUUGGAAGUGUUCAUGAGAUUAAGUCCACGAUCCUGUCCACCUUAGAAGGUCACCUUCGAGCUAUAUUGGGAACACUUUCUGUGGAGGAAGUCUAUAAGGAUCGAGAUCAAUUUGCGGCUCUUGUACGAGAAGUUGCCGCACCAGAUGUCGGUCGCAUGGGUAUCGAGAUUCUUUCGUUCACAAUAAAGGAUGUUUACGACGAGGUUCAAUAUUUAACAUCGCUUGGCAAAGCCCAAACAGCGGCUGUUAAAAGAGACGCUGAUGUAGGCGUCGCUGAAGCAAAUCGAGAUGCCGGUAUUAGGGAAGCGGAAUGUGAAAAAUCGGCGAUGGACAUAAAAUAUAAUACCGACACGAAGAUAGAGGACAACGCGAGACUCUACCAAUUGCAGAAGGCUAAUUUCGAUCAAGAAGUAAAUACAGCGAAAGCCGAGGCCCAAUUAGCUUAUGAGCUUCAAGCAGCAAAGAUAAAACAGCGGAUACGAAACGAGGAAAUACAGAUAGAAGUCGUGGAAAGGCGCAAGCAAAUUGAAGUUGAGGAACAAGAGGUCCGUCGAAAGGAACAUGAGCUCCAGAGCACAGUGCGUUUACCAGCCGAAGCUGAAUUUUAUAAAAUGGGAAGAAUCGCCGAGGGAAAAAGAACUCAAACUGUAAGCGUAGCAAAAGCCGAAGCUGAGAAAAUUCGAUUGAUCGGAGAGGCCGAGGCUCACGCUUUAGAAGCUGUCGGUAUAUCGGAGGCCGAACGCAUGCGAAUGAAAGCAACAGUUUAUAAAAAAUACGGCGAUGCGGCAAUACUUAACAUCACUCUGAAUGCCUUGCCGAAGAUCGCAGCCGAAGUCGCAGCACCGUUAGCGAGAACGGAAGAAAUUGUACUUCUUGGUGGAAACGAUGCGACCAGUGGAGAACUUACGCGUCUUGUUGGGCAAGUACCUCCAGCUGUACAAGCGCUGACUGGGGUAGAUCUUUCCAAAGUAUUAGGAAAAAUACCAGGCGCAAAGUAAUGCCAAGCGAUGUGAAUCCAAGGACGGCGACUAGAUGAAUAAAUUUGGAACAGAUUUGAAAAAAGGGCAAAAUCUAUACUGCCAAAGGUUUCUCUGCUACUCUGUCAUCUAUCGACAACACACUCUUCGCUUUUUCCUCUUUCUCGAAUUUUGCUCUACCUCAAGUCCACUCGAAGCAGCGUCGCGCAGACACGCUUUUUUUUAUCCCUUAUCGCGCGAAUAAAUCUAGAUUUACUCGCGUCGUACUCAUACGUUCUUUAUUUUAAACACGAUACUAUAUGUGUACAUCGAUAACAUUAUAUUUGAUUAAUGUGAUAUCGAUGUAAUCGUGACUUGAGGGAUGAGCGAUUAACGCAAUCUUGAAUUACAAAUUGGUUACAUGAAAAUUACAUUCACACAUAACACAAAAAUCGCGACAAUCCUCCCAAAGUUUUAAUAUAUUUUAUUGUUCUAAUUAAAUAUUGAUCGUUUUCGAAAUUUGUGAAAAGAAGCACUGCCCAUGGCCGUGCCUAAGGAUAGAAGCGAUUAAGAUUGCAAAUAUGACUGCUUGCUACUGGAAUGCAUAAAGUGAUGCGACAAUUACACAGUAAAAGAUAUAUACCACGUGUAUUUUUUAUUUACUAAAACGAAUUGAGAUUUCAGUAAACAAAGUUCAAUCAAUCGUUUCCAUAGAUAUAAAUAUUUAUCAAGUACCACGUAUUUUACUGCAUACAAGGAACAUAUUCGCUGUCACAACACGAAGUAAAUUGAAAAAAACAGAAAGAAAAAAAUGAUGAGAAAUUGAAAAGAAAAUCACUGGCAUCUGGAUAAAUUAUACGUGAAUAAUUACGACAUAUAAAAUUGAUAACGAAUACAUCAAAUGGGAAAUAAGCCUAAUAAAUCACUGCCGAGACAAAAAUCCAUUCUGCUUCUUCCACAAUCGUGAUAUUUUGUAAAAUAUUUUUCGACAAAUUAUAA